CCAGAUCGGGUUUCUAGUUCCCCAUUCUGCGAAGGGAAGCGUUCAGCAACACAUCUCUCUGUGACGUGAAGUGGUUGGCGCAGGCAUAAACUCAGAUUCUCGUUGAGUCGUUGGCACCAUGGAACUGGAGCUGUCCAAGUGUUUAUAACAGGAUGUAAUUACCAUGAAGCGCAAAGAUGUAAAUCAAAGAGGGAAUUCUGAAAAUGCUAAGUAAUUGCGACCAGUAUUGGCUAUUCUCCGGGAUAAUUGUCUUGUGAAAUAGUCUGAAACUGAAGCUCGAGUGAAACUAAUAAAAACCUGUGAGAGGAGCAGCUUUUACCAGCAACAUUAUUCAGCCCUGUAGGCCACCUGUCCCUGAAGUAUCAAUCAUGAUGUAGACAUACUGUAGACUGAGCAGUCUAUUUCGUCAAAAACUUUAUCACACGUUUUUGAGUCUUCUUCCAGAACAAGGUGACCUGUCCUUCGCCCAGCGCCAGCAGCCGCGAAGUAUUCGACUAUAUGGAUAAAGUAUCUCUCAGCUCCGCCCGAAAUUAUCAGUUACAGCUCAGAGAGAGUAGCCGAUAGCAGCAAUGGUGGGCCAGUGUGACCUACCUCAUAAAGCCCCCUGCCACAGCCGGACAUAGAUCGUUAUCUCUCCCACUGCAAGUUCAACUGUUGCUAUGAUGAGACCAAUUGUGAAACUGCACGCCCUGUGAACUUGGCUCAAGGUAAGAGGGAGAGCAGGCACAUCGAAGGAGAGACGGAGACAUCGGACAGAGGGAGAGUUGCAGAAGAAGAGGAAGUGAGGAACAAACCUACAGACGACUGACAAAAAGAGGCAAAGAAGCCCUACGCACAGAGCAUGAGGUGGAGAGUUGGGAAAGAUUAGAGAAGAAGACUGCAUUGUAUUAAAUUCAAUGAGGGCCCCACCCUGGCUGCAACAUUAUUGACUAAAAUUAGCGGGUGAAGCCAACGGCUGUAACCUAGUGUAGUACUGUCAUGCCCUACAUUACCAUGGAGAAUAAAACCUGCCUUCCAUAAUGGGAUCUUUCAUACUGCACCAUCUGGAUGUCUCUGGAAACAUGAGGUACAUUCACAAAUGUUAGCCUAGCUGGUCUAGGACCAGUCCACAAUUGAUUUGUACCAAAAUGCUGUGAUCGGAUCUCAGACCGACUUCCUCAACAUCCUGACUUGGUGUCAGCAUCAUUCAUCGGAGUGUUUUGAAGUAAAACAAUUGGUCUGAAGAAGCUCUGAGAAUGAUGACCAUGUCUGUGCUGGCCACCACCGGACCAGAAAGCGGCGGCUCCAUGACCCAGCUCGUCCCCAUCCCCACGCUGAACAUCCUCCCCCCGUCCUCAGACACCGAUGCCUGGUCUCGCUCUCCCAGCCCUCGGCCUCCCCGCCGCCACCGGUGCUCCCGCCCCCACCGGAGCAGAGCCCGGACCAAGAAGAGGAGCGAUGGAGAACAAGAGGAGUCACCCAAACCCCGGUGGGACGGCACUGAGGAGGAGGGGAGGGUGAAGGGGAGCGCUGCCCAAAGAAGCCCCUCACUUCUCCCUUCAGCCCUCUUGCCCCCCCACGUGGAUGACGCGGUCCUGGGCCCUUCCCUGGACCUCUUGCUACCCCCGUCGUCUCGCACCUCCUGGUCAUGUAGCUCGUCUCCCGGCCGGCGUUCACGCUGGUCCCUCAGGAGUCUGCUCAGCAGGGAGUCUGACUGGGACAGCUGCAGUACCGCCAGUAACUCUCCGCGCAGCACCCCUGGCAGCUCCCCCUCUCUGCGCCGCCGGGUGCUGGGGGGUAGUGGUGGGGGCGGAAGCAGGACCAGUGACGCGGAGGGUGGCCCGGGGGAGCGCAGCGGGGAAAGGAGAGGUUCGGACAGCCCCCUGCUCUCCUCCUCCUCUGCCGCCGCCUCCGCUUACCCAAUCGCCUCGCGCCAUUUCAGCCGCAAUGCCAAGAAAAUGCAGAGCUGGUACAAUGUUCUCAGUCCCACUUAUAAACAGCGCAAUGAGGAUUUCCGCAAACUCUUCAAGAAGCUGCCAGACACGGAACGCCUCAUAGUGGACUACUCAUGUGCGCUGCAGAAAGACAUCCUACUCCAGGGGAGACUAUAUCUGUCAGAGAACUGGCUCUGCUUCUAUAGCAAUAUCUUCCGCUGGGAAACCACUAUCACAAUCCUGCUGAAAGAUGUGACCACCCUGACCAAGGAGAAGACUGCCAAGGUCAUCCCCAACGCCAUUCAGAUCAGCACCGACCACGACAAGCACUUCUUCACGUCUUUCGGGGCGAGGGAUCGCAGCUACAUGAUGAUUUUCAGACUGUGGCAGAACGCACUGAUGGACAAGCCUCUGUCCCCAAAGGAGCUGUGGCACAUCGUCCAUCAGUGUUACGGCACUGAGCUGGGCCUCACCAGUGAAGACGAUGACUAUGUCUCCCCCACCGGCGAGCACAUUAACGGUCUACUGCCAGUGGAGGAGUCAGUCUCUGUCUCUGACCUGUUGGACCUCAGCUCCUUGGGGGCUAUAGCUUCACUGGGCAGCUCGCCCCCCUCCUCCAUGGCAGCCUUGUUCCCCAGUGGCCCCCUCCUAGCCAGCGGUGGUCUGGGCUCAUCUCCCCCCUCCUCAUCCACCUGUCUGCCCAUAGACAUCCCCGGCAGAACCUCCCUGGACCCCCCGGACCCCAGCCCGCCCAGCUCCCAGAUCUCCCUGCCCUCCUCCACACACACCGCCUCCUUGUCCGCCCCCGCCUCGGCUGCUGCCUCUUUCUAUAUGGAGGAGGGCGGGGACAGCUUGUUGGAGUCGGCCAAUCAUAUGGUGCCCCCGUCGGCCACCAGCCUGGGAAACCUCACCUCAUUGGACCAGCUCACCAACGACGACGAGCUGCCCACCGACCCCAGCAACUCCUCAGACACACAGGAAGAGGACGAGGUGGAGUCGUUCUGUGCGGACCUGGCUGGCCGGCUGCACAUCAACAUGGUGGUGCGCAUGAGCGUGGACAAGCUGCACGACCUGCUCUUCUCCGCAGACACACACUUCAUCCAGCAUCUCUUCUCCCAGCGCCACUUCACAGACCUGUCAGUUCGUGAGUGGCAGCAGGACAGCAGCAGUGGGAACACCAGCCGGAUCCUGAGUUACACCAUCGCCAUCAACAACCCCCUGGGGCCCAAGACCGCCCCCGUAGUGGAAACUCAGACGCUGUAUAAGAACAGUGCCCCGGGCGAGUGUUACGUGGUGGACUCGGAGGUGAUUACCUCGGGCAUCCCCUACCAGGACUACUUCUACACCGUGCACCGCUACUGCCUCACCGCCGUCAACAAGAACAAGAGCAGACUCCGGGUGUCGUCAGAUAUCUGCUACAAGAAGCAGCCGUGGAGCCUGGUGAAGGCGCUCAUCGAGAAGAACACCUGGAGCGGCAUCGAGGAGUACUACAGACACAUGGAGAGUGAGGUGUGUAAGCUGGAGACUCUGCUCCAGUCUGAGGUGUCAGUGGUGACCUCUGGGGAUGUGGUGGGGGCAGACUCUGCCAAGACACCCCCGGCCCUGCGGCGACGCAAACGCACCUGCUCCCGGCGCCCGGGGGACCGGGAGAGAGAGGGAGGGGGCGCGGGAGGUGGAGAGCGCGGGGACCGAGGGAUGGGAGACGAGCGGAGAGAGCCGGGUGGUCAGUACAAGCACGGCGAGCGGUGGCGUGGCGGAGGCAUCUCUACCAUACUGCUCAUAGUCAGCUUCAUGAUCUGUGUCAGUCUGGUGGUGUUGGUGGCCCUGAACAUGCUCUUGUUUUACAAGCUGUAUUCUCUGGAGAGAGCUGCACACACACUGGAGACGUGGCAGUCCUUCUCUCUGUCUGACAGUCCUCUACCCCAGUCUGCAGGAGAGUGGGCCCAGGUGUUGCAGCUCCAGAGACAGUUCCACCAGGCCCAGCUGGGCAAAUGGCAACAGAUCCUCCAAUCCUCAGUCACUCUGCUAGACCAGAUGAAACAGUCGUUGGAAAAGCUCCACCGUGGCAUCGUCACUCCAGAAGUCCAGCAGGAUCCCCCCUCGAACCCCACUUCGGAGUCUCUCACUGAGCACUGAUCCUCCACCCUCCAGCCCCCACAAGCCCUCAAUUGGGUGUGAAUAGACCAUGGGGGAGAGAGCCAAGGGGGAGGUGGCCAGAGGGGGAUGGUCCGGCUGGGCCAAUCAGGGAGAGUGACUCACUCUCACCUGACCCCCAAGCUCCACUCCUGCUUCUCUACUCAAAACAGACAGGGAGAGAUGUGGGGGGGGGCACAUGGGAGUGGGAGUUACCUGUAGGGGACCUACACUAUCCAUAACUCCCCAUGCCUCAGUCUGAGCAACCUGCAAUGGGGUGGGGGGGUGAGUGACCUUUGGGGGGACUACACUACCCAUAAUUCCCCACACCUCAGUCUGAGUAACCUGCAAUGGCAAAGUUCCACCUUCCAUAGUCACCACCACCUUCUCUCACGGCCAGACAGUUAGACUGAGAAUGUCUUCAGGACUACAGCAAUAACAUAGCAUGGUGAGCCAACCAUAUCUCCCACAGUCAGGGUUAAAGGCUGGCCAGUUUGUAUCGUACCAUCCGCUCCUCACAUGCAACCAACCACGCUGCUCUCCCUGAACCAUCUCCCCUGCCUGAGAAGCCAAGAGACAUUUUCAAGAAAGACAGACGAUCGACUGCAUUUCAACAUGUGCAGUCCUGCUGUUGCAUUUCAAAUGGACAGGGAUCCAACUCAUUUCAAAAUGGAUUGACUUGACUUGGUCCGACUGCAUUUCUCAAAAUGGGCCAACCUGGAUUAACUUUGCGUUUCAAAAUGGAUGGAAAUUGGGAGCUUUCCCAGCCCUGAGAAACAGCUAUGGCUCUGUUCCCAGCUGAAGCCAGCCUAGGGGACUUAUGUGCCUCAGUGUGAGGGGUCCGCUCAGCUAAGUCCUCCUUGAGCCUCUGGAAAUGAGGGACACAUGAGGAGAGAGGGACGAGAGAGGGGAAAGCUCUGAUAGAUACAGGAGACUUUCUGUAGUCCACCUAUUUUAGUCGUUCUCUCUUUCUCUCCAUCCAUCUGGGAUCAGCAGCUUCCAUCUUAAAGGCUUGAUCUCUGACAAAGGCAGUCCUUCCUCUGCUAGGGGAGAGUCAUUUCAAAACAAGACUCAAUAUUUUUUAUUUUUAGACGUGAAUAAUACAAAAAAGACUCCUAAAUCCUCUACUAGCUCGUUUUUAGCAUUAGCUGUCUUUUUGAGGGUGACUGGGUCGUUUUGAGAAUUGAGAGAGAGCGAAGGAUGAUUGUGUGCGCCAGACCAUUACAGUAUUUAUUUUACACGACUUUGAUUUCGAAAAGUCCUGUCCCGUUCUCAAUGCGAGUGAUUUUUAAAAUAUAUAUAUAUAUAUAUAUAUAUAUAUAUAUAUAUAUAUAUAUAUAUAUAUAUAUAUAUAUAUAUAUAUACUCUGUGUUAAUACUUCAGCACGGACCAAGAAAGAGCUAUAAAGUGAAUAUUUUAUAUUUCCUGGUCAUAGCAAUAAUGAUAUUUGGUGAUUUAUACUACUUUUGAAAAGUAGUAUAUCACUAAAGUGUGUUCAGGGCAAAAUGAGACAAGCAAGCAAAGAUCUGGAGAAGGAGACGGAGAUAUAUAUGUAUUAGAAAGAAGUGUCCUCAUCGUCACUGUUACAUUUGGUAUUAUUAAGAUUAGUAUGAUUAUGAGUUUUUUUUGUCUGAGACUUUUUUUGUUUGUUUGUUUUUCCGCACUUGGUCAACUUCUAAUUGUAUUAUUGGCUCGGACUUGAAGUGUUUCAGGGUUACUGACUACUCUGUAGACCAGGCUGCGUUCCAAAUAGCACCCUAUUCCCUUUAUAGUGUGGUGCACUACAUAGGAAAUGAUGUGCCGUUUGGGACGCAGGCUCCGUAGACCAGGUAAACAGAGAGACGCCAUAAACUAGUGACUUUCUAGUGUAAACUGGACUGGACUUAAAAAGGACCAACCAGAAGUCUAGGCCUGGAAGAAGAUAAAGGGAAACUAUUGCAGUACUGUGUGUGAGUUCAAAUUGAUAUGUUAUUCCUUUUCAUUUUAUUCUUAUUGUUUUUGUUUGUCGAAAGGUCAUCUCAUUUUAUUUUCUGCCUGUCCCCCCCCCCAUCUGAUUCCCCCCCUCACUGUCUAUCAUAAACCAUCUUCUCUCUUCCUGAUUAUUUUCCUUUUCAUCCCCCCCUCCUAUUGUCUCAUUCACUCUUCCUCUCUCUCUUUCCUCGUUGUGCUCCCUCCCCCCCUCUCCUUCCGUCUCUCGCCUGUGCAAGUGUGUGAGCCUUGCUGUGCACGGCCAAACAGUGAGUGAUCGAAGGAUGUACUAUAUUUAUUAGGGUCAGGGAGGAGAGGGGGAUGGGGGUCGCGGGGAGCAAAUGUACUGUAAAAGAUUUGAUUGUACACAAUGCCCUGGAGAGAAAUGAAAAGCUCUAAAAUAUGCAACUCAUCGGAGUCUUAUUUUUUUAAAGUGUGUGUGUCGUGUUAACCAUUUUCAUAAAAAGUUGAACUAAAAACUAUUUAAAAACAGUCGGUGUAAUUAUGUCAUCUUUCUGACUUCCCAGCUUGUCCAAAUUCAAACUUAUCUGUUGCUAUGACCUGUUGAGGCAAAGCAUUUCAUUGAUUUUAGAUUUCUGCCAAUAACAGCGAUUUCAGACAAAGUCCAUGUAGAUCGAUACUGUUGAUUGACCUACAAACACAGUUGAUCAACUGGCCUACAUCAUUACCAAGGAGCAGGAGACACCGUUGCAAUCUAUUCAUGUCACAGGAAUUGAUCUGGCCUGCUAUCUCUCUAGGUUGAAGGGUGGUCAUUCUGCUUACCGUAUUAGAUAAUAUAUCAUAAUAUCUGUCCUUGAGUAGAUGCUUUCACCCAAAGCAACGUAGUCAUUUGUUAUAGCUACGAGUGGUCCCGGGAAUCGAACCCACUGUUCCGGCAUUGCGAGCGCCAUGCUGUACCAACUGCGCUUCAGAGGACACGCUAGUUAAUGGGGAACUUCAAACCUUGUCGGGUUUUUUUUAAGGAGAAAACUUGAACUCUCCUGUGUUUCUGUUUGUUCAUUUCAUACCUUCUCUGUUAAUAAAGGGGGGACUGAGAGAAGGGAGAUGCGGUGUAGGGCUGGUAGUCGCCGGGAUAAGUACAAUUAACAUUUUAGUCAUUUAGCAGACGCUCUUAUCCAGAGCAACUUAGUGCAUUCAUCUUAAGAUAGCUAGGUGGGACAGCCACAUAUCACAGGCAUAAAAAGUACAUUUUUUCCCCCCCACAAUAGCUAUCAGUCGAGUCAAAGCUAGAAUGGGGGGAGAACGUAUAUGUAUAUGUGAUAUAUCAGGCACCUUGUUCAUUAUGUUAAAGUAUAUUUGGGAAUUGUCAUUUUAAAUAAGAGCGGUUUUAAAAGGUCGUAAGGGAAAGUUUGUGUUUGACCACUGCCGAAGUCGGUCAUGGUUGACGCCACGGUCAACAGACUACGCUAUCUGUUAUCUGAUCCUCCUGACUCCCAGUGAGCCCGUCAAUUUCCUGGAAAUGUGACAUCACCAGUUUCCAGUCAGGUCAUGAGGUUAGCCGCAGCACAUUGACAGCCAUACAACAUGUGACUGCAUGCCAGUACAACAGGCCAGUUCUGUCCCACACUUCAGUAGCCCCUGUGCUCUUUAGAUUAUAUUAUUACACUCUGUCUGUGUCUCUGUCUCUCUCUGCGUGCGAAAGAGGGUCUUGCUUGUCAGAGACCGAAAAGUUCCCACAAACAUUUCCCCAAAUAUACAAAUCUGACAAGGUAGAGAUUGUUUUGACUUAAUAAACCAGACAUGAAGCCUACUCCAUUCUCACAUGACAAUUGUAUUAUGGUAUGAAGCUGACCGUUUUUGCAAGCAACAUUUCCACAGUAAUGUGAACUGGAAAAGCUCUUCACUGAACAUUUUUAAUUACAGCAGAAGUAGAUUAUUCCCUGUUUUAAGCCUGUUGUUUUUUUCCAACAUAUAUUCUGCUAUUUAAUGUUGAAGUUCUUUGAAAGGUGAAUAGAAACUCUAAUCUGACCAAAUCAGCAUCAAGGUUUUUAAAAGGGAUUUUGAAUAAUUCAGAAUCUUGAACAUUAAUUCUAAUGAAUUGUCAUUUGUUCAUGUGUGGCAGUUAUCAUGCGAUAACAAUCCUAUUAUUCUUUCACUUUUCUGUACUUCAAAUGUAGCAAACCCAGAUCCCAAUGACAUUAUACAAGAAAGUAUGCAUGCAAGAUGGCAGUCCACAUUAGGCAGUCUUAUGCUGCCCCUGGAGGUAUAAUUCAGAAUUGACUGCCAAAUAGGAACGACGGAUGUCAGUUUUCAAUAGCAGCUCACUGUAUUCUGCUCCAUAGGGAUUGAUCGAUAUGAGCACUAAACCAACACUGUAUAUAGUAUACUUUCUGCUCACAUUGGGUAUCUUCAUUAAAUAACUUGUUUUAAA